AGGAUGGAUUUUGAGAAGCACUUCCACUUGAGUGUUUUCGGGCAGCUGGAGAGUGUCUUCCUGCCGCUGGGAUGUGAUAGUAAAGCUGUGUACUGUAGGUAUGAGAUUCUGGCCGGUCCUGACUGGGAAUUGGUGUCUGGAGCGAGGACUGGAAUAACGCAGAGUUGUUCAGCUUCGAGACAACGAUUCCAGGAGAUCUCCUUCAACAUGCCACUGGAGUUUACGUACAAAUCCACUAAUCCCUUUGGAUGGCCUCAAAUUGUCGUCAGUUUCUGGGGAAGUAAUUUGUGGGGCACAGAAGUCUGUCGAGGCUACGCCAGGCUACACAUUCCGCUGCCAGAGAGGGGGAAACACCGGAAGAUUCAGGCUCCGAUUGUCACGCCAAAACCCAUGGACUUGUGCACCCAAAUCAUGGCAUGGAUCACAGAUUGGGCGCCUGAAUUGCGGGAUCCCUCGGUCCUGGCGAGUGGGAAUCGCACAAAGGGCAUCCACACAGAGUCCUAUGGUCACCUCCAGGCAUCCUUCGACGUGCUGACGCGCGGCAGCGAAGCUCUGCACUUGGAGUGGAGUUGCCAUUGAAAAUACAUUGGCCCAAUUAUUCACUGUUUGCCUUAUCAUUGUCACCUUGCCAUCAAUCACUAUCAGGAAUCUUGUUCGGCUGAAUUCCUUCCGU